AUGCUUCUCCGUCUCCCCACUAGCCUGCAUUACCCGAUUACCGUGACGAAGUUGCUCAAAGAGCCUGGCGACACGGUCGAGAAGGAUGAGGCUAUCUUCUGGUAUUCCUACGAGACGAAAGUCACCGAGGGUGACGGUCUGGGGAAUAAGGUUGAGGUGCUCCGCAAAUUCCCGGCCAGAUUUGAGUCGACUGUUGAUGGAGAGAUCGUGCAAUGGCAUAUCCAAAAGGGAGAUGUUUUAGAUGACCCGGUCAAUGUUGUUGACGUCGACGAACCUUGCGCGCACGAGAUUCAGUUCGGAGGACUUUGCGCGGAGUGCGGGAAGGACAUGACUGCAUCCACGUACAACACUGAGACAACGGAUUCCAUGCGCGCCCCGAUUUCUAUGACGCAUGAUAACACCACACUUACCGUCAGUGAACGGGAAGCGACCCGGGUGGAAGAAGACGCCAAGCGUCGGCUACUCUCAUCGAGACGUUUGACCUUGGUGGUGGAUCUUGAUCAAACCAUUAUUCACGCCACUGUUGAUCCCACAGUCGGAGAAUGGAGGGAGGAUAAGAAUAACCCCAACUACGAAGCUGUGAAGGAUGUGCGACAGUUCCAAUUGAUUGACGAUGGACCCGGGAUGCGUGGAUGUUGGUACUACAUCAAGCUACGUCCAGGUUUGGAAGAGUUCCUGCAGAACGUGGCCGAGAUCUACGAGCUGCACAUCUACACCAUGGGUACUCGUGCUUAUGCACAGCACAUUGUGGACAUCAUCGAUCCUACUCGCAAGCUCUUCGGCGACAGGAUUCUUAGUCGCGACGAGAGUGGAAGUUUGACCGUCAAGGAUCUCCAGCGGUUGUUCCCGGUGGACACAAAGAUGGUGGUGAUUAUCGACGACCGUGGUGACAUCUGGCGCUGGAGCCCCAAUCUGAUUAAGGUCUCGCCGUAUGACUUUUUCGUUGGAAUCGGUGAUAUUAAUUCGAGUUUCCUUCCAAAGAAGCAAGACAUUGGAGCAGACAAGUCUCUUGUCGAGGCCAAGGCUCCAGAAAAGACGAAAGAGCAUCAUGUCAAUGGUAAAACCCAAGAGACUACGGGGGUUUCGGCAUUAGAACAGCUUGUGACCAUGGGAGGUGGAGAUAGCCUCCAGGAGCAGACCGAUGCACAGGAGGAGACAAUUCUCCACCAAGUGGAGGAUCGACCUUUGUUACAAAAACAAAAAGAACUGGACGCAGAGGAUCACAUUGCCGAAAGUAGUGAAGCAUCGUCCAGCGUUGAUGAAGCCCAGGAACAUCCGAAACACCGACAUCACUUACUCGAGGACCACGAUCAAGAGCUCUACCAGCUGCAAAACCGAUUGGAACAAGUGCAUUCACAGUUCUAUGAAGAGUACGACAAGAAGCGGACUCUGGCUCUUGGUGGUCGGGUUGCUGCCUUGAGGGGCGAAAAAGUCCACUCGAAAGACAAAGAUGUGGAUCUCAAGCUUGUUCCGGAUGUCAAGGACAUCAUGCCGCAGAUCAAACGGCGCAUUCUUGGGGGAGUCGUUUUGGUAUUCUCGGGAGUUCUCCCUCUUGGGAUGGACUUCCAAAACGCCGACAUUUCUCUCUGGGCUAAGAGUUUCGGUGCGACGAUCUCUUCAAGAGUCAACGCCCGCACAACUCAUCUCGUGGCUGGCCGCAACCGCACCGCCAAAGUACGAGAAGCCACCCGCUACCCCAACGUGAAGAUUGUGACAACGCAAUGGCUUGUCGACUCGCUGGUCCAAUGGAGACAGUUGGACGAGGAGCCCUACCUCCUUUAUCUGCACCCCGACGACCGAGGCGCACCCCUCACCCCAGCCGAGCUGGAGCUCGAGACCUCCCUGCUUUCAUCGACGGACGAGGACGUCACCGGAUCCCAGUGGACGCAAGAGGAUGACGCCGAGGACAUCUUCCAAGCGUCUGGUCUAGACGAGACGUCACCCGUCGGGUAUGACGCCGACGAGCAAGCCGCCGUGCACGACGAACUGAAAGACUUCCUGGGCAGCGACGACGAGAGCGAAAGCGACACCGAGUCAUUACUAGACGAGUCAUCGACAGGAGCCAAGAAGCGCAAACGUGGCGAUGGAACGGAUAGCGGCGGGGACGAAGAAGAGUCCGGAGAGUCCGGAGACGACGACCACGACAAACCCGGCUCCCGUCUCUCCCAACGCAUUAAACGCUCUUACGAGCGUAACACCAAGCUACGGGAAAUCACAUCCGCUCCUGCUGCUGGCGUCGACAAGGCCCAGGAUCUUCUACAGCCUGCUGGUCUCGAUGAAGAGUCUGACUCUGAAACUGCAGGGACUAGCAGCGUGCCGAACUCAUAUCCUGAAGAUCCGGAUGACGAUGACGAUGAAUUAGAGCGGGAAAUGCUUGCGGCUUUUGAGGGCGGUGGCUAUGAUUCUCAGGCGGAGGCGGAAACUGCUGCCGAGAAUGGGUAG